CCCAGUCAAGUUGUGAUUGGCUGUUACUAAAAUCAAUCAACUAUCAAUCAACUUGGACAGUUUGUGCCAUGGCAACUCACUCAGCAACCAGUGCCCAGCAAAAAAACAGACUCAUCCCUGUAUAUAGUUAGUGUAUAGUUCGUGUGCUCAAAGGUCUGAACAGGUCUCACAGCAAGCAAACAUGCCUCCAAAGAAAAAAACGAAAAAGAUCACAAAAAAGAAUCCAGAAAAAAGUGAAAAUGACUUGGAAGCAAAGUAUAGGCGCAGUAUUCUGGAUGUAGCCAUCCUACAGGAUCACAUUGCCUUACAGUGUGAGUCUGCAAUAAAGGUCCAGUCUGAUAAAAUUGACCUGAGGAGACGCCUGAGAGACAUGGAGCAGAAGUUGCAGCACGAGAGACAAGACCACAGGGACGUCAACUCUGACCUCAGUCGCCAGUACAAAACCAUGCAGACAGAGCUGACCAACAAGGCGAAGAGAAUGGAGAAGGAGGUCAGCCAGCUGAAGGAAGAUCUUGUGCUGUGUCAGGAGGAACUAAGGAAAGAGAAAAGAGAGCAUGAACAGAUGCAACAGGAGAAGGACGCCAUCAUAGCUGACCUCCAACAUAAGCUGGACAACAUGGAAACAGACUAUGAGAAGAUCCUGCAUGAGACUCUCGACAGCCUGACUUCCCAGCUGUCUGUGGCUCGACGGGGAUGGGAGGACAAGAGCACAACCCUUCAUCAGAAUUACAAGGAACUGCUCUCUGAUUUUGGCCUGAAUGCACUGCACAUCUAA